AUGUGCACACCCCCAGAAAGAACUUCCUCUUGGAAAUACGUCCAUGCGUGUGUGUGUGUGUGUGAGAGAGAGUGUGUGUGUGUGUGUAUCAGGUUGUUUGGCAGUGCUGCAGGUGUUCAGUCUCUCUCUCUCUCGGUGUUCCCGCAGGCUGCCGAUCUGAGUAAGCCCAUAGAUAAGAGGAUCUACAAGGGAACGCAGCCCACGUGCCACGACUUCAAUCACCUGACGGCGACGGCGGAGAGCGUGUCUCUGCUGGUGGGCUUCUCCGCAGGACAGGUGCAGCUCAUCGACCCCAUCAAGAAGGAGACCAGCAAACUCUUCAAUGAAGAAAGACUCAUAGAUAAAUCCCGGGUCACGUGUGUGAAGUGGGUCCCGGGCUCCGAGAGCCUGUUCCUCGUGGCUCACUCCAGCGGGAGCAUGUACCUGUAUAACGUGGAGCACACCUGCGGCACCACAGCGCCUCACUACCAGCUGCUGAAGCAGGGCGAGAGCUACAGCGUUCACACCUGCAAGAGCAAGUCCACACGCAACCCUCUGCUCAAGUGGACGGUGGGCGAGGGCGCGCUGAACGAGUUCUCCUUCUCGCCCGACGGGAAGUUCCUGGCCUGCGCGAGUCAGGACGGCUUCCUGCGCGUCUUCAACUUCGACGCGGUGGAGCUGCAUGGCACCAUGAAGAGCUACUUCGGCGGCCUGCUGUGCGUCUGCUGGAGCCCCGACGGGAAGUACAUCGUGUCCGGCGGCGAGGACGACCUAGUGACUGUCUGGUGCUUCGCAGACUGCCGCGUGAUCGCCCGCGGACACGGACACAAGUCCUGGGUGAGCGUGGUGGCGUUUGACCACUACACCACCAGCGUGGAGGAGAGCGAGCCCAUGGAGUUCAGCGGCAGCGACGAGGACUUCCAGGAGCAGAUGCACUCGGGCCGCGAGCGAGCCAACAGCACACAGUCUCGUCUGUCCAAGCGCAACUCCACGGACAGCCGGCCGGUGAGCGUGACGUACCGCUUCGGCUCGGUGGGGCAGGACACUCAGCUGUGCCUGUGGGACCUGACGGAGGACAUUCUGUUCCCGCACCUGCCGCUGUCCCGGACGCGGACGCACACUAACGUGAUGAACGCCAGCGGCCCGCCGGCCACAGCAAGCGGAAGCAGCGUCAUCACCGGCUCCAGCAACCCCAGCACCAACGGCGGCAGCAGCAGCUCAAGUGUGCUCCCCGCUCCGCUGCCGCGCUCCAACAGCCUCCCGCACUCCGCCGCCGGCACCGGAAACAGCAAGAGUGCUGCCUCGGACAACCCCAUCGCCGCCGGCGUCAGCAAGUUCGCCACGCUCUCGCUGCACGACCGGAAAGAGCGGCACCCCGACAAAGACCACAAGCGCAACCACAGCAUGGGCCACAUCAGCAGCAAGAGCAGCGACAAGCUCAACCUGCUGACCAAAACCAAAACAGACCCUGCCAAGACUCUGGGCACGCAGCUGUGUCCGCGCAUGGAGGACGUGCCGCUGCUCGAGCCGCUCAUCUGUAAAAAGAUCGCGCACGAGAGACUUACCGUGCUCAUCUUUCUAGAGGACUGUAUAGUCACCGCAUGUCAGGAGGGGUUUAUUUGCACCUGGGCGAGACCCGGUAAAGUGGGGUUGCUGUCAUCCCAAAACCAAGCCAGCUCUCCCAGUGGAACAGUAGUAUAGCCACGAUGUUCCUGCUGCUAUGAG